UUGACUUGGAAAGGUUUUUUCCGCCUAGUCACAUACAGCAGAUGUGUUGUGCAUUGAAGUCCAAGAGCAAAGGGAAAAAGGUGAGAGGAGUAGAGUGCAUAGAUGCAAGAUGGAAUACAACGUGGCUGUUAUGAAAGUGAACUGUGUUUACGCGUGAUCAGGGGUGUAUUCAUUACGACGAUUCUGUUGAAAAACAUUUCUUAAACGGAAGCAAACAGAAUGAAACGGGGAUAAAUGUACUUGAAUUUGUCCAAUACAAACUCUCAUUUGCAACUGUUGGACUAAUGAUUACAGCCUAUAUCAGCUAGAUGCUGGCAAGAGUGUGCAAGGUGGUAUUGAAUGUGUCACUGUCUGUCACCUCAAUUUUUUUCUCUCGACCUUUUUAGCCACCUACGUUGUAAACUUUCAUUCAUAAGCUAGGUUGUUGGAACCUCAUGAUGGGUAUAGGGCAAGUGUUUGUAUCAUGUAGUAGCGAUACCUAUCACUGUUACAUUGAACUGGGUGAAAGGAAGGUGAAUGACAGUCAUCCAAUAUGCUGUAAUAGAAAUAAGGCCAUGCUCACGAAAACAAAAAAAAUAUGUUGCUGUAGUGAACUAUGAUACUUGUUUGAAAUUGGUCAAAUCUAAACGCUAACUACAAAUUAUUUUUAUUACAAAACAGAAACAAUCUGAAUGCUAGACUGCUCUUGGCGCGUGACAUGAGCGAUGGACAGGCGGCCAAGGACUUGUACGAGUCCCUACAAAGACUGGACGUGCACCAAUCUACUAUGACGAGGCAUUGGUUUCAGAAGCAAACUUCCAUUGAACUGACACGGACCAGAUGCCUGGCGCACAUGCUCUACCUCUUCAGUCAGCUGAGAGUGGACUACAACUUGCAUCUGGCCGCUCCGGUCCCAUGCAACACCAGCCAGGAGCUGCCCCAUCCCAUCAUGACGGUGGUGCCUACCAAACUACAGUGGUCUCUGAGGCCCAGUCCCAGCUCCAAUCUUCCAUCAUCCCUGUCACUGGAACGUCUAGCCCCAUCUUCACUCCAAACCCCACCAUCCACACACCUAUACCCACCUACACACCUCGCUACGCCUGCACAACCACACCCGUCGUCAUUGGCACACCAUCCCCCAUCUUCCCAGGUGCACUUACCCCCACCUUUACCUGAGACAUACCCAUGGAGCGGUGUUCACAGCGAAAAAGAUCAAGGCAAGAUGAAGACUCUGUGGCAGGCAGACAAGACGAUGCGCUGCAUGUGGCUGGCCAGGAAGAUCCCAGCCGGGACCUCUAACAUCCGCUGUAUCCCACGCCUGCUGGAGAUGGACGUCAACCGAGGAAGAGUCAACGCAAUGCGCACCCUGCACGCUAGGUAAGACAGUGGACUUGUUUGUGCCACGGAUUUAAACCAGAAUUGCUCUCUAGGGGCUAUCUUUCUUUUUGGGAACACACUGUACACCCCGCAGGCUAGAUUAGGCAUGCUACCAUGCCACAACGUCCAAUUGCAGACAAUGCUCUUCACCCCAGGUCCUGUGGACUACCUCAGUGGGUUAAGGACGGUUGUUAUUCCUAACCCAGACGCAGUAA